AUGUUCACAUCAUUAUCCAACGCCGACCUACACACAGUUUAUGGCACCAGGACAAGGAAUUCGUCGUUACGCACAGCUGCAGCUAAUCUAAACUACGGUUCAGAGACAUAUCAAUGUAAUUACUGUGAUAUUAAGCAAUGUACAAAGAAGAAAACCACUGGAAAGUCGUUUGGAGAAGUGUUUUGUUAUAGCAAACAGUAUGUGGAUGAAGGUGGGUUUUUUUAAAAAGAUGCGUUUUAAUAAGAGCAAAGGGAAGGCGGAGUUAGAACAAAAAGAAGAGUAUGGUAUUGGUAAAGAAAACGUGAAGGGCAUGGGCAAAUUAGGGUAACGUUACUUUAAUAAAGGUAGGGUAUAAGCAAAGAGAAGAAAGCUACGACUUAGGUUUAGAUAAGGCAAGGCUAUACUACUAUUAGAUGUCAGUUUGGGUCUAGGACCAGGCUUGGCAGAGAAAAAGUAGGCUAGGGUUUAUCCUGUUGCCUGGACUUACUUAUGCUUAGACUUACGCUAUCUACGGCUAAAGCUAGCAAUAAAGCUAAGACUGAAGCUAGAGCAAGGAUCAGGACUAGCGUUAUGGCUAAAGCUCUGGGCUAGAACUCUGAGACUAAGGCUCUAGGUUAAGGCUCUGGACUAGAGUUAUGGGCUAGAACCUCUGGGCUAGAACUUUGAGACUAGGGCUUCUAAGCUAGGGCUCUGGGCUAGGGUUACCAUAUUUUUCUAGGUUUACUCUUCGUACCUACAAAAUUGUUGUCAACAAAAAUAUUUAUUCUAACCACUUCAGACCCGGAAGACGCGCCAACAACAACAUGUAUAACAGACGAGGCCGAGCUACGGUAUUUAGUGUUAGCGGAACGACUAAAAGACAGUAAUACCUGUCAGACGGCAAAAGAGGACCCUAAUAUAAGGAUAUGUUGGUGCAAAGCUUCAGUUAAGAGGAGGUAAAGAUAGAAAAUUAAAUCUUUAAAUUUUUGAAAUUUUUAAGAUUUUUAAAAAAUUUUUUAUUUUUGAGCAAAAUUUUGUUUUUUUAAAACUUAAAAAGUCUUGUCGCUUUCCACAAUACAAACUAGUGUAAAUCGACGACAAGACUUUUUUAAAGCUAUAAAUCUUACUUAAAGUGAUAAAAUGUUACCUAAAAUGAUAAAAAUUGAUUAAAAUAUUCAAAAUCAUUCUUAUGUUACAGUAUGUCACGAGUAGAACAACUUCAAGAACGAAGCCGGCUUCGUUUUGCAACCGGAGCCAAAGGCGGCGUCAAACUGGUACAUUAUCAAAGCGCCAACCAAAGGCAAAUCAACCAGAACUAUGAUAACACAAUAAGGGUAGGUUUUGAAAAAAAUGGCAAGAACUUUCUUUACAAAGCAAAGAAUGGCAAGAACUUUCUUUACAAAAUCAAAAAUUGCAAGAACUUUGUUUACAAGUUAAAAAAUGGCAAGAACUUUCUUUACAAAAUUAAAAAUGGCUAACACUUUGUUUACAAACAAAAAAUGGCAAGAACUUUCUUUACAAAAUUAAAAAUGGCUAAAACUUUGUUUACAAACAAAAAAUGGCAAGAACUUUCUUUACAAAAUUAAAAAUGGCUAACACUUUGUUUACAAACAAAAAAUGGCAAGAACUUUCUUUACAAAAUUAAAAAUGGCUAAAACUUUGUUUACAAACAAAAAAUGGCAAGAACUUUCUUCACAAAGCAAAGAAUGGCAAGAACUUUCUUUACAAAAUGAAAAAUUGCAAGAACUUUGUUUACAAGUUAAAAAAUGGCAAGAGCUUUCUUUACAAAAUUAAAAAUGGCUAAAACUUUGUUUACAAACAAAAAAUGGCAAGGAUUUUCUUUACAAAGCAAGAAAUGGCAAUAACUUUCUUUACAGUCUCCUCAAACCCUAAGGCAAGGUCCAAGAGUUCAAGCUUCUGGUCUACAAAGGAUUGGCUCUACAGUAACCCCAUCAGGUCAGGACUUCCACUCGAGACACAAAAUAGCCGCUACUCAUGGUGGUAUAGCCAGUCGGCUUACUAAUCCUAGACGACCUUCUUCUACUUUAACUGAUGGUAGUAGUCAGGUUUUGGUAUCUAAUAUUGUUAUUUUGACUUCUGUGGCAGUCUUAUUUAUUCAUCAGCUGUUUUUGUGA